GGACAUGCUUGUGAGACAGCUUCUAUACACAUUUUUUUCUGCCAAAUUCUCAAUUGCAGGUGGAAGUAUAACGAAAUUUAGAAAGAACACAUUUUCAUUUUGACGUUUCGUUCAGAAAACUUUUCUGAUGUUCUCACUUUUCUGAGCCUAUUUUUUCACCCUUCGGUCAAUUUUUAUCGAAGGUUAAAGAUCUGAAUGUCAACGGUUUGAAGGGUCUCGUAAAAUGUAUCUGGAUAUAAAAAUACUAAAACGGCGAUCGUAUGUGAAGCAAUUUUUCCUCUAGAAGUUGUGAAGAUUUUUAUAGAUCAACGACAGGAAGAACUUUAUUCAUGACUGGAGCGAGACGAGGACUUUAAACGCCUCUCUUAAGUGGAACCGGUACUUUGCUCUGAUGUCAAUAUCACUGAACUGAUUCACAUCCUAAUCGAUUAAUAAGCGAAUGUAAAACGGAAGUUAUUUUCCUUAUUCUCCGCACUAAAUGGCGCAAGAUCGUGCGUCGUUGUCUUAUCGUGGUCAGCGGAUUUGUUUUUUUCUUGUUUGAAGCUGACGAGAGAAUCCAUUAAUAUCAUUUUUGAACUAGUUCUUCUCUCGAACAGUCGUGAAAAUUUCUAUGAAAAUGAAAUUCGUUAAGCAUUUUGUGUUUUUAAUGAAUAUUUUUGUAAUCGUUAAAGGUGAAAAUCAUGUGAACGAAAGUUUGUCGGAAUUCGUCCCGAGCAACAGCAGUGAUUACGCAAUAGCUUGGGCGAACGGUUCGGUCAUAAGAUUGAACUCGAGUUUGCUUGAUCAUCGAGUCGGAUUUACUCCAAUCGAUUGUUUUGGACUCGGAUCAACGGUCGCUGAAACAUUGCAAUGGUUGUUCGCCGUCCAAGGAGAUCCCGCAAAGGCGAACGACGUCCGGUUCUAUUAUUCAUCGAGAAAACAGCGGCAACGAGUGCGUUUGAUUACGGGUGAACAAUUCGGUCUCGAAUGGACGGACUUCAACGUUGAACGAAGAACCGUGUUUAUAGUUCACGGCUUCUUAUCGAGCGCGAGUCAGGCUUGGGUCAAGCGCAUGGAGGAGGCGUUUCUUCUGUGGGACGAUGUUAAUGUAGUAGCGGUCGAUUGGUCUGCGAGAGGAAAUAGCUACAAUUAUGUCAAAGCAGUCGUCAACACACGUACGGUCGGCAACGAGAUCGCGAGAUUACUCCACCAGAUCGUCAAUACGACGAUAGCUGCGACUGGGCCGUCCGCUCGGAAAUUGGGUCCGCUCCAUAUGGUUGGGCACAGUUUAGGGGCCCAUAUUUGUGGUUUUGCAGCUAACGCCUUUCAGAGAAGACAAAGUGUGUGGAAAGUCAGCAGAAUUACGGGACUGGAUCCAGCGAAUCGAUGCUUCAGUAACGUCAGAGCGUCGUUGCGACUGAAUACGGAGGAUGCUGCAUUCGUUGAUAUUAUUCAUACGAAUGGCCGGUCGGACGAAUUAUUUUCUUUUGGAUCCCCUCAAUCCAUAGGCCACGUGGAUUUUUAUCCAAACGGUGGAAAAAGACAACCUGGUUGCUCGUUACACAAAGGCCUAUUGCCCGAAAUUGUAACGGCUCCGCAGACAGGCAUAUGCAGCCACGGAUAUUCCUACGCCUAUUUCACGGAUUCAUUGAUCUCUGCGAGCUCGAAAAACUGCACAUUUUGGGCCCAUCGGUGGGACCGAUCCUAUCGACGUGCGUUGCAGCUAAUAUCAGAAGUUUGUAACCCGAAUAACUGCACAGAAAUGGGCAUAAAUGCUGAAAAGUAUUCUCAGCGUGGUACUUUUUUCGUUGCGACGUCACGAGCCCCACCGUUCUGUGUCACUGACGCCGAAAGCAGAGAAGAAGUACGACAGCAAUUGCAGAUUGAUUAUGCCAGUGAAAUACUCGAUUGAACGCUAGAGAUCAUCGCGAAUCCGAGUAAGAAUCUACUUCGUUCUACUGAGAUCAAAUACUCGAACCACUUGAUUUACGAUCGAACCUGUCGACGAUGAGCACCGUAACCAACGCCAUUCUAUUUUUCACCGAUAGAAAAUCCGACAUUCCUCACCUCUUCUCUUCUUCAUAUAUCUAGAGACGUGACAGCGUCUUGACGGCUAGUAAAGUAUUUUAAAAAAUCGUUCGACCGAAUGCGGAAAGACGUGCAGCGUAUCUUUGCCGAGGAUUGAUCGUUAAAUAUUAAAAUAUGCAAAUCCGUUUACUAAGAAAAGUUGGCUGCUUUGAUGUCGAUAAUCGAUAAUAACCGACAAAACGGACGGUGUCGGAGCUCAUAAUUCCACAAAAAUUAUAGUAGAGUACUAAAAAGUUCAGGAAAAUCAAAAUCUCUAAACAACAGAAGUUCAAAUCGAACCGCGAUCGAUUUCAUAUCUUGAUAUCCAAACUUGUUUAUCUAGACAAAUACCGAGACAAAUACAUUUAUAUAACGAGUCGCCGCCAGAGAAUCUGCACCAGAGCAGUAAUGUUUCCAAUUGUUUUCGAAAAUUUUCAACAUUUGUUUAUUUAAUAAUUAAUUAAUUAAAUAAUAGUUCAGAGAAUACUGUAAGUUGACGUAUUUUUUAUUCUUUAUUUAUUUCGAUUUUUGACGAAACGAGGCAUGUCUCGAAACGAUCAAUGCUUUGAAUUUUGCGAGAUGCUCGUCCUUCGCACCGAGAGACUCUUGCGUAACUCACGGAACGCGAUAUAUUACUAUGCAAAUUACAGAAGACAAAAGAUGUUUUUACAAAUCGCGAUGUCGUUCCCAUAACUGCAGCAUCCUUGUCGCUUAUGAAUAAAUAACUGUCAAUAAUAUGUAACGAAGAAUGAAAAUACACGUGUAUGCAAAUGCAA